CGUAAGAAAAAGCGCCAGCCACCAGCCCGCUCUACAUGGGAUUUUGUUUUGGUAUUUUAUAUUUCCUAUUUAUACGGCGUACUUUUUGGCCAUUAGCUUUCGGUUUCGGACUAGCUUUAAAAACAGAAACUGGUGCCUUUCAGUAAUCUAGCAUAUUAAAGAAGUUUAUAUUGACAACAAAAUGGAUAAGCACGAUUCAGAUUUAGAAGAGCCUGGUGAACUUCCUGAUUCAGACAAUGAUCACAUGUAUGAUGACAUUGAAGAUUUUGAUUUAGGGAAGGAAGUUGAAAAGUUGAAGACAGAAAAUUCCAUGCUUAAGGACCACAUCACUUCACUGGAGCGAGAUAUUGAAAAACUAACUAAGGCCAUUGUAACUCUUAAAAAGGUCCAAGAGAACUUGGAGAAAAAUAUAUCAUCAUUAUAUCUUACUGCCAAAGCAGAAAUAGAUAGAAAGAAUAGGCAAAUUGCUGAAUUGCAAAGAGAGUUGGAUGAUUUCAAAUUCAGACGGAAAAGACCCGCACCAGGCCACCCGCAGUUUCAUCAAGUAAAACGUGCACGAUAUGAAAUUUCAGAAGAACAAUAUGGCAACUGGCAACAUCCACAUCAAAGUAUUGGCUUUAAUCAUGGAGAAAGUGACGGAUCUAUGACACAGUUCAGUACACGUAAGCUGAAAGUUGACGAAAACCGAGGUUCUAGGAAAGAAAAAUAUGAAUUACUUGAUAAUAAUGAGAAAAGGAAAAGGGACAAUGAUCAAAUAGGUGACAGACAGGACACCCCUGAUAGUGUAGAAAAAACAAGUAAUGAUCCCAAUAGAGAUAGAGAAGUGGAAAAUACACAGAAUAGCGAGAAAGAUAGUAAUGAACAGUCUAGUAGGCAGAAGCAAGAGGAAUAUGAAAGAACUAGGGGCUAUAGGGAAGACGCAUAUGAACGGCAUAGUUCUACUCAGAAAAGGCAAAGAUUCAAUGAUGAGACAGAUGACAGACAUGAUACUCCAGAUAUUGAGGACAGAAGAAGUGACAUUGACUCCCUUAGGGGAAGAGAAUUAGAAAAUAGACUGGGUGAUGACAGGCAUUACAGUAGGAAUCGGCAAGAGGAAUUUGAAAGAACAAGAGGAUAUAGGGACAGAAGAUAUGGAGAAUUUGAUACUGAAAGAAGAGAUAGAAAUUGGCAUGAUCACCCUAAGAAUAGAUUAGGAUGGGCAUAUCAUAAAGAACCCGAUAUGUAUGAUGACAGGGGAUAUAGAGGAGGGAGAGAUGGAAUAAGAGAUCGACACCCAAGAGAUAGAAACUUUGGACGAGACAGAGCCAAAUCUAGAGAAAGGACAUCCAACAAUGAGAGGGAUAGGGAGAGAUCAAGAGAUCAUAGAUCAGAAAGAAAUCGUUCGAGAGAAAGACGUCAUAAGAGCAGGGAUGCGCCAAAGGAUGAAACGGUGUCCCAGGAAAUUAAAUCUACUGAGGAGGGAGAACUGCCUGAAAAUCCAAACCCAGAAGUUGCGCGGAAAGAAGAUCCCCAAUCCUACGUGCAGGUCAGUAAACUGGUUGUUAGAAAAAAACUUAAGGUGGUCCAGAAAUUAGAAGAAUCUAUGAGCAGGUCCCCCCGAAAAAAUAUACGGAAUGCUAAAUUUUCAGGCACUUCGACUGAUUCUCAAUCAAAAACGGCCAUCUCUGUCGAAGAAACAGAAUCAACAGAUAAUAAGAAAAUUCUAGUUUUGAGUAACAUUGUACUGUCUGAUGGAUCAGAUAAAAAAAGUGAAACCGCACGGAGUUUAACUCCGGAAGAACCACUUAGCAGAAAGGGUUCUGAAGAAGCUGAAUAUUCGGAUGAUCUCAGUGAGAUUAAAAAAUUCCUAUAUUCGGAAGGAAAAAAAGACAAAAACAAAGUGUCUAAUAGAUGUUCAACAGAAAGUGCCAUGGAUGUGUUAAACCCACUUCAAAUCGAGUCAAAAUCAACUGAUCGCGAUAAUAUAAAUAGCAAAGUAGACAGUGUAAAGAAAAUUACUCUGGAUACGUAUAAAGUUAGACUUUCAAAUUUGAAGAAGCCAGCAGAUUCACAUACUGGAAUACAGACUGAACCAUGCAAAAGCUUGGUAACCAAAGAACAGAUUCAAAAGGAUUUGGAGGCAGAAGGAUUAAUUUUCCGAAGUAAAGAUACACGACCACCACCAGCAGUUCUUAAGGAAGGUAACACUGCUAAUGAAAGUGUUGGUGAAAGUAAAUGUAACACAAAUGUAGCCAUUAAGGAUAACAAUGAAAUUGGAAUAGAAUCGGUGCGAAAUUGUGAGGACAAUGAAGAUAAAAACAGAAAAGAAGCAUCUGUGGGAUUGCUACUUUUAAGAGAUGUUACACUAGAAGAAAAACGUAAAGGUGAUGAAAUUGUUGGAAAUAAAGAUGGCACCUGUGUUGAAAAGGACAGUAACUCAAAUUCAGUUGGAGACAACAAGUCUGAGGGGCAGAUCGCGAUAAAUGAAGAGCAUAAAGCAAGCAAGGAUGAGGAAAGUAAAACACAUAGAAAGUCUAAUAAAAAUUCUAAGAAGGGCCAAUCGAACGUUCAACCGGAACAAGCUAAUGUCAUAGUAAUCAAUGCAUCAAGUGAAAGUCGAGAUACGAUUAGAAAAGAUAAUGUUGAAGAAGAAAAGAUCAAUGCUGAAAGUAAUCGUCCAAAAAGAGGAACUAGGACAAGCCCUAGAAACAGAACCACAGUAAAACCACCACUUUCAAAUAAUUUGAAAGAGAAAAUUAAGAGUCUCUUUAACGAAUCUAUGGAUGCAAGUGAUAUAAAUACAGGGUCACAGCAAGAAAUCAAAUCUACCCAUAAUGUUGCUGAUAAUCAAGAAUCAAACGCUACUGAAACAGCCAGAAGUAAUACGAAUCUCAAGACUUAUGAUUCUCAAAGUGAUACAAAACAAGAUAGUUGCCAAGAAAUAAAAGACAAUAACAACAUAGAGGUGGAUAGAAAUGAUAAUUCCUGUCAGAAAAAGAAUUCAAAGCUGGAGAAUACUGCAAAUAAAAGACCUGUGGAGGUAGAAGAACAAAAAGAAACUACUACACUUAGAACAAGUACAACGAAAAAGGUAGUUGAACAGAAUACUUCAAGCAAAAGGCAUAGAAGUAGAUCGACAAGUGUAAAAAGCGAAUCAGAUAAGGAAGCUAUAAAAGUCAAAACAAAUGAAAGUUAUACAGAUGGGCGAAGUGACGAAAAGAAAACAGAUACUCCUGACUGUUUGAAAGGUUUUGAUAAAUUGAACAAACAGAUUGACGAUGUAGUUGCUGCCAGCCAUACGGAAAGCAACAAAGUAAAAAAAGAUCUCUCGGAAAAAGCUAAACCGUCAAAGAAAAAAUCUGUGGUGGAAAAAAAUUUGGAAACUACUUCAUCCGCCGAAAAUUGUGAGAAUGACAAAACUAAACAGCAAAAUGAUGACCCAAGUAAACAAAAUGUAGAUAGAACAACUAUUAAUACAAAUAAUACCAGUGCAAGUCAUCAUGUUACUGUUGUAGUUGAAUGUAAGGCCAUUUUGAAUGAUGCUUCCGCAAAUCACAGCACAACUGUGCCUAUGAAAUCUACCCCAGAAAAUAAAAAAAAUGCAAUCAAAAAACGUAUAACGCCCACACCAGUUGCUCGUUUUAAUAAGCCAACCAAUUUUGAGGAUAUGUUGAAGAAAUGUGAGCCACCUGUUGCUGAUAAACAUGAAAAAAACCUCCUCAUCGAGCAAAACCUCCAUCUGACACAUGAAGGUGAUAUACCUUUGCUUCAUAUUGAAGAAAGCCACAUUGAUGGUCUUCCCAACGAAGAUCUGAGAAAUCCUGAUAGCAGUUUGAUGAGACUUAUUGAUACUAUGACUCUGUCAAAUAUGGAGUGUGAGCUUCCUAAGAUCCAAGAUGAGAACAAUAGUAAGGGGGAAGGGAGUAUUGUCAAGACUUCAAGUAAUGACUUGUCUUUUGAAAAUCUUAUGUACAAGGUAUCUUCAUCUCCUAUCCAUGUGACAUCUGCUAAAGGUGUUGACGUUAACGUUCCUGGGAAUGUUGAAGGUCCUAGAACCACAGAUGCUAGUGGUGCAGCAUUUAUUAGCGAGAAUAGAAGUGGCACUGAUACUGUAAGUACUACUUGCAAAAACAGAAUUGGUGCUACAGAGCCUAGUAGUGCGGCAUCUCCUAGUGAAAAUGUAAAUAGUACUAAUAAUGUGAGUUCUACUUGUACAAAUACAAGUGGUGCUACAGGUGUUAGUGAUACAAAUGAGACAGCAGGUAUUAAUGUGAAUGUUAAUAAAGGUAGUACUGUUGGAGCUACCACCAAAACACCAGUGAAGAGGAAAAGAAGACUGGUUAGAAUGAUUAUAUCUGACUGAUGAAGUGUUGAAAAUGCGAUGCAGAUUUCAAAUUCAUAGUGGGUGAGUGAAGGGAACAGAAUUCUUAUAUGCGAUGUGACAGAGAACAGUGGCUAUAGACAAAAAGUAUCAUAAAGGAAACAAAAAUGUAUGCCUAUAGACAAAGGAAAAAGGCUCACCACCACACCUCUCUUGUAGUUAGUCUUAGACAAAUCAAAUGCAAAUGUACAGUUAUGCUGUAUAGGAGCAAGGGCAAUCAACCUGGAUCUCAGCUCAUAGGCCCCAUUGAGCCCCUUGUACGACCCCACACUAUUGACAAAGGUGGUGAUACGACCAAGAGUUUCCCUUAUGUUAGCCAUAGAGGGCAAACAUUCACCCAGAAUGGAUUCUCGGAUGGAUAGGACAUCUAGACAGUCGCAAAGCAAGUGCUCUAGUAUCUCAUCUUCCUGUUCACAUCCUCUAAAUAGGGAUGUGUGACUCAGUCUCAUGUUAUAGAGAUGCUUCCUUAGCUGGCAUAGCUGUUACAUUGCCAGUUAAGUACGAGUAAUAUGAACGAAUCGAUGGAAAAGAACGACAGAAAUGAAGAUAUAGAAAAUAGAUUUUAAGAAAACAACUGAGGUUAAUAUCUACUGCCGUUAUGAAUGCAAAUAGACUAAUCCUCCUUUAGACGCAUUUUGGAGUGAUCUGUGAUCCUAAACUCCAGUAACAGUCAAGCAGCAAAUAAACUUAGCAGAUAUGACACGUUUAUAUUUAUUUUCUUCAAUAGGGAUAUGUUUAAAAAUACUGUACUUUUAGAUAUAAAGAGAAAUUUGUUUGAAGUUUGGAUCAGUUGUCAUUGUUUAAAUUCAGAAAAAUGUUUUUUAUUUUUUGUUCCUUGACAGAAGCUGCAGAGAGAGGGACGAAUCGCAGGCUGUUAUGUAAACAUUUAAUAUUUAUCAAGUAUAAAAUGGUGAUGCGGUGGUUCUUGAGCAUUUGUGAUGAAGUAGUUAUUUUCUGCAGAUUUCGUAAAGUGUUGUUGGAUAGAUCGCAAAAAAUGUUAUCCAAACAUUUUGAAAAUAAUUAAUCAUUUAAUCUGCGAUAAUUGUUUAACCUUUCUAAUUCCAAAACUACACACUGUAGGAUAUACUUUGCAUAAGAGACUAUGCCAUGAUUAUUUUAUCCAGUGUCUGUGAUUGUGCAUGUUCACAUGAAAAACUAUUCAGAAAUAGUUUUUGAAUUCUCAUUACUAAUUUGGAAAAUUUACUUAUUUAAUGUGGAGAAACGGCAUUUGUUAUUUUUCAUACAGGAGAAAAGUGUUAUAUUUGAAAAAAUCGAAGAAAUUAUAAGGGAAAGGCACCUAAUUUCGGACAGUUUUUUAUUUUUCUUUAUUUUUUUUGAAAACGAUCCUAUAUUUUAUUUUGGUAUUUCAGGUUGUGAUUCAAUGGGUUAUAGUAACAAACAAUAUAUAGUAAAAUAAUUUUUAUUUUAACAUGUUAAUACAUUGUGGAGAACAAAACCAAAAGUAUGUAUUUUUACAAAUUUCGGUUACAAAAAUAUAUAUUGCCCACAAUCGAAAAAAAUUAUUCCAAACAAACGUGGCAGAUAUAUUCUUUGGGCUUGUCACUUUUAGCACAUUCCUCGUGCACCAAUUUGUGACAUUUCCUACAUCUGAUCCAUUGUUCUCCUCUGACGUCCUCCGAAAAUAGACCAUAACAAACCAAACUCUCUACAUCCAAAUCACUUGCGUCCAUAUCAGAUCAUAAUUAAUUACAGGAUCCUCGUCGGAAUCGCUGGAUAAAUCGUCGACCCAAGUUUAGGUUGGCUUCUUUUUCUUUCGUUACUUUAAGCUUUUUAAUCAUUGCUUUACCUUUUUUCUUCGUUUUAGACUGGCUUAAACUCUCUUUUCACACUUUUUUUAAUUCUUUAGCGACUCCCUUCUUUCCAUUUCUGUUAAGCUAGUUUCAAGGUCAUCCUUGUAAGGGGUGUGCUAUUGAUGACAUACUUGCCCCUCGCCUUCCUUUCCGAUUGCCUUGGCCUAAAUUUUUCAUUCCGCUGCAUGAUGGAAUAGCAAUGAUAUUACGAGAUUACUAAUAUGUUUUGAAUUAUUUUCCGCCUCAGAUCUUUUACCAUCAAUGUCUCGUCCCUUCUUUUCAGGUGUCUUCUCAAUGGGUUCUCUUUGGUCUCUAUUUCCUAUCAUUUCUUCUUCUUGGGGUGGGGUUCAUUAUCUUUGUCUCUCUGUAAUAAAGUCUAAUUCCAAAAAAAUAUUUCGGUUAUGGGGAGAUAUUCUGGACUUUCGAAAUCCACGUACAGAAAUUUGUGCAUUUGCACAUUUUAGGUAUGCUUGGCACAUCAAACUGCAGAUCUGAUAAGCAGGCAUGCUGCGACCUAGGUUAUUUUUGAACCACGAUUGUAUUGGUUUGUGAAUAAUGAGUGUUGAAAGGAGACAUACCUAAAAGACAAGUCUAAUGGCUGCAGUUUGUGUGAGGUAUGGGGAGGGAUGCAGAAGAUUGUUACGUGAUGGUUAUGAGCCGUUAUAAUUAGUUUCAAGUUUCUAGUGUGGCUGUAGUGGCCAUCAAGGAUAAGUAAGACCGGAUCCUCUCGUAUUGCUUUAACAUGUGCAAUCAAACCACUGGGUAAAUAUAUUUUGCUGUAUCCAGCCAGAAGGGGAACAGGCGGUUAUGGACCCAGGAGGAGCAACAUCCAAUAAUUUAUUUUUCAUGCUCUUGCAGGGAAAAACGAAUAAUGGUGGAACAAAUCCCCCAGCGGCAUUCAUGCAGAACACAACGGUAACUAACGCACCUCUUUCAGCAGCAGUGAUCGCGCAAACUUGCUUUUUCCCUUUUAGAGAAAUAACUCUGUGUGAGUUUUGAUUGCACCAUUGUUAUGCCGGUUUCGUCGACAUUGUGGAUUCUUAAUGCAUUCAAUUUUAUUGUUUCCAAGGCCGGCUCAAGUAAAUCGAAAAAACGAUCAACAUUUUCUUGUGUAAAGCCCUUUAUUCUAGCUUUCGGUAGACCUUGAGGUAUGCAUACUGUUAAAUUUGACAGGCGGUUUAGAAAGCCCUUUUACCAUUUUUUCCCUGCGAGGCCUUUUUCUUGGGAACAUGUAUGUGGGAGGGUAUGCACGCCUUCUUAUAUCAAGUGUAGUUAAACCAAAGAAUCGUCGAUCCAUAUCUAAGCAGUAAUGAACUCAGGAUUCUUCUAACUGUAGUGGCUAUGCAGGUUUUCUCCCAGGGGGAGCUGGUGAACUUGAAUGUUUGACGUAGUCUUUUAAAGUAGACUUUGAGACGUUAUACGUACGUGAAGCUUUUAAAUAGUCCAUUUCCUUUUUUUACAGCCGCAACAGCCUUUUGCAUGUUUUCUGGAGACCAUUCUUUAUGUUUCUUACUUCUUCUGGGCAUUUAUAAAAUUAAGAAUAUUAGUGUAAAUUUCAUUAAAAUUAGUGUCCCAAUUUCAGACUUCCGAAUUUGAGCUUCGUGUUCUAUCCGAAAUUGGACAAACAACACUUUUUAGGUUAGGUUAAACAAAAUAACAUAAGAUACAAUCAAAUUUACAUGUGUGUGUCAAAGCUAGGAUAUCUCACCUACCUGUUCGUAUAUUUACAAUAGGAUUUUCACAAUAAUGAAACGAACAAAAUUCUAAUGAGAGCCGUAACGUGAAAUCGUUUAAAGCGUUGCGAUUUUGGUCCUAGCGGAAAUAUGAAACCAUAAAUUAAACAGAAAGGUUUCUACAAUGGUCUUCCACAAAUGUGCAUAACUUCUGACAUUCGCUCAAAGGUGUUUCUGCAAAUACAUCGGUAUCCGAAAUUAGGAAACAAUCCUAAAUUAGGUGCCUUUCAUCUACUGUUCAUUUUAUUGGUUUACUUGAAUGUAUAUACGAAUCAUUUCCUACAAAACCAUUUUUUAUAUGUAUAAGUUAUUUGACGCCAUUACCAUAUUUGUAAUGCGCGGAGUAAAAGGAUUAAAAAACAUUAUUUAGGUUAGCGAUUUACUUACACUUUUAUUUAUUAUACUGUUUGUUACCUGUUAUUUUAGUGCGACAGUACCCAAAUAUGUAUACAAAUGUAAUUUAGCCUGUACAUAGCUGAGAACUAUAUUUUUUAUGAAUAAAGAAACGUUUUCAUAUA